GCGAAAGUAAAAGUUCUACUAAACUCGACGCACCGGUUCAGGUUUUGUGUCGCAGCAAAAAUAGAGUUUGGAACUGAAAUUUUAAACUUUCUUUUACUCUUGUACAAAAUACUUCAUAACUUUAAACGAAACGAUGCUUCACAGUUUGAGUCCACAAGAAACUGGAGGAUUCAGCUUCGAAAACAUCCGCAGGAAUGCUGUGCUCGAGUCCAGCCUGUCUGAAAACGGAUUCAAAGCUCCCAACCCGAGGAAAACUGGGACCACCAUCGCAGGACUCGUUUACAAGGAUGGGGUGAUUCUUGGCGCAGACACACGGGCCACAGAUGACAUGGUGGUUGUUGACAAGAACUGCAUGAAAAUCCACUACAUUGCCCCAACCAUAUAUUGCUGUGGGGCAGGUGUAGCGGCUGAUGCUGAGAUCACGACGCAGAUCAUGGCGUCGAAUGUGGAGUUGCACAUGCUCAACACCGGGAGGCCCCCUCUCGUCACCAUGGUUACACGCCAGCUCAAACAGAUGCUUUUCAGGUACCAGGGCCACGUAGGCUCUUCCCUGAUCGUCGGGGGGGUGGAUGUAACCGGACCUCAGCUCUACAGCGUCUAUCCUCACGGCUCCUAUGACAAACUGCCGUUCCUCACCAUGGGCUCUGGGGCUGCGGCGGCUGUGUCUGUGUUUGAGGACAGGUUCAAACCAAACAUGGAGCUGGAAGAGGCGGAGCAUUUAGUCCGAGAUGCCAUAGCAGCCGGUAUCUUCUGUGACCUCGGAUCUGGAAGUAACGUGGAUCUGUGCGUCAUCACGGAGAAAGGAGUGGAGAUGAAGAGAGGCUACGAGAUAGCGGCUAGAAGAGGGCAAAGAGAGGGAGAUUAUCGGUAUAAACGCGGAACCUCGGCAGUUCUCACCAAAACCAUCACUCCUCUGAGUCUAGAACUGGUCGAAGAGUCAAUCCAGGCCAUGGACCAGGACUAAACCAGGACUAAACCAGGACUAAACCAGGACUAAACCAGGAUUAAACCAAGACUAAACCUGGAUCAAACAAGUACUAAACCUAGAUUCAAACAAGACUAAACCAAGACUAAACCAAGACUCAAACAGGACUCAACCAGGACUAAGCCAGGACAAAACAAUGACUAAACCAAGACUCAAACUGGACUAAACCAGGACUGAACCAGGAUUAAACCAGGACUGGACCAGAUUCUAAAACAAUCUAGACUGCAGCUGACACAUUACACUUUCUUUGAUGAUGUUAAAAUAAAAUAAAAUGUGUUUAUAUCAAAC